AUGUCUCGCCGCACAAAGAACAGUAUGUCUACGCUUUCAGAAGCUGAUGUUGAAAACUUUGUGGCGGAAUUGUCCAGCACAGAUAACGAUAAAGAACACGUUUGCCCAACAGAGAUGUCUGACCAUAAAAACGAGGAUGACAGCGAAACAAGUCAGCGAAAAUUGAACGAGCACAUGGUCAAUGUUAUCGACGAAACCGAAGGAAAAGCUGAAGCCGAAGUAAACACGAAGCGUUUAAACAGCGAUGUAUACAAGAGCUACGAAGAAGAAAUAGCCAAAAUAAUGACAAUAAUAAAUCAUAUGAAAUCAAAACAUGAUGAAGAUAAUCGAAAUGCCAUCGCACGAGAGUUAGCCUCGGAAGCAAAAAUAAAAACAUUGCAAGAUGUCAACAACACAAUGGCGGCUGAAAUUGCAUACCUAAAUCACACAGUGUCAGAACUUACCACUGACAAUGGGAAUAUAAAAAUAAUUCUUGACAUCAAACAGAAUGAAUGGAUAAAAGCGUCGGGAAAACCUAGUACUCCAAAGGAAAAUGGAAAGAAAUUGCCCAGCACCAAAACAUUAAACAGUUUUGAAGUCCUAGUUGAUGAAAAUGAUGAAAAUAUAUCAUCGUCUGAAUUAGCUUCAACCGAGAAAUCGAAGGAUAACAUCAACAGCCAAAUCUUGGACUACCGAUCAACGAAUAACUCAAAAUUCCAAAAUCUGAAAACGAAUCAGAAGAGCCAAGCACAUGGUCAUAUUAAUAAAAAGAAGAACCAAGUCCUUUCUCAGAAGUCUGUUGCAGGAAAACAGAAAGAAUAUAGGAAGAAAGUUUUGGUGAUUGGCGACUCAAUGGUGAAACACAUUGAUCAGAAGAAGAUUGAACGGGCUGCAGGUUGUGACUCAGUCGUUCACUCUUACAGUGGUGCAAGAGUGGAGCAUAUUGACGCGAAGUUUAAGGAAUAUUGGUCAGAAGAUGAGCAACACGAGGCUGUUAUUCUUCAUUUGGGCACCAAUAACCUUGGCUCUGAAGAUCCAGAAGCAGUUGCUGCCAAGAUGGAUGGGCUUGUUGCCAACCUUAAAGAUCAUUCCAAAAAGAUUGCCAUAUCCAGUGUCAUAAAAAGGUAUGAUAACCGAGUGCCAGCUAGCAAGAUUACCCACUUUAAUAAUUUAGUCAGCGAAUUAUGUGUGAAACAUAAUAUAGCAUUUUUAAAUAAUGACCAUAUAGACAGGUCAUUCCUAAAUCGCUCAAAUUUGCACUUGAACCAGUCAGGUGAUAGGGUGCUUGGAAGUGCUUUCUGUGCAUAUUUAAAAUCAAUUAGAGUUAAAACUGCUGGUAAUAUACCAAAAACAGUAGGUAAUAAUAGGCAGUUUUUUUACCAAACUCACAGACAUUGGAACAGAGAAUGGAUGAUGUAUCUCCAACAUGUCAAUCAAAUAAUGAAUCAUUAAGUAAUAAUAGUUCCUCAAACAAUGUGAGUAGCGAUUUUUUCACUAGCCUUAACUCCAUUCCAAAUGAAAGAGGUUUUAAAAUGGCUUUUCUUAACAUUGUUAGUCUGCUCCCAAAAAUUGAUGAAAUAAGGUAUUCAAUGUCAAACAAACACGUUGACCUUAUUGCUUUCAAUGAGACACGCCUCGAUUCAAGUGUUAAUGAUGGCUUGAUUCGAAUUAAUGAUUAUGAUGUUGUGAGAAAAGACAGAUCAAGAAAUGGGGGUGGAGUUUGUAUAUACUUGCGUAGCUCCAUCAACUAUAAAGUAAGACAUGAUCUUGUUCCAUCUGAACUAGAGGCUGUUUGUGUGGAAAUUAUAAAGCCACAUAGUAGACCAUUUCUAGUUAUAACAGUUUAUAGACCACCCAGUUCAUCAUCUGAAUUCUUUGAUCAUCUUGAAAAAUUAAUCAAAGCUAUUGAUGAUGAAAACAAGGAAAUGUAUUUUCUGGGUGAUCUAAACUGUGAUAUGCUAAAACCAGAUAAGGAUUCAAAUCCUCCAACAAAAAAAUUAAAGUCAUUAUACGAGUUAUAUCAACUAUCACAAUUAAUUGAUGAAGCUACCCGGGUAACUAUGACAACCUCUAGUCUAAUUGAUCACAUAGUUACAAAUACACCAGAAAAAAAUUUUGAUUCGGGUGUCAUCCAUACUGGAUUAAGUGACCAUAGUUUAGUAUUUGCCCUAAGGAAAAUUUACUUUUUCAAAAAACAAGAAAACAAAGUUGAGAUUAGAAAUAUGAAAAAAUUUGACAAUCAAAAAUUUGUUGAAGAUUUAAGCCGACAGCCCUGGGAGAAUGUUUAUUUUUUUGCAGAAGAUCCAAAUGAUAUGUGGAAAAUUUGGAAGAAAUUAUUCUUAAAUGUCUUAGAUAAACAUGCACCAAUUCAACAGAAAAAGAUUAGAACAAAAAAAGUUCCUUGGAUAACAAGUGUCAUAAAGAAUCUUAUGAACACAAGGGACAGAUUAAAAAGAAAAGCCAUUAUCACAAACCUAGAGAUAGACUGGUUAAAUUAUAAAACAGCAAGAAACAAAGUUAAUAUUCAGCUAAAAAAUGCCAAAAAAGAUUACUACUCCACUAAGAUUGCUGGUCAAAAACACAACCCCAAAGAGGCGUGGAAAACUAUAAACAAUAUAUUAGGUAGGCAAAGCAAACCAACAGUUGCAAACGAGUUAAAAGUAGGUGAAAAUAUCUUGACUAAUACCCAAGAUAUUGCUGAGGGGUUUAACGAUUACUUUUCAAAUAUUGGCCCUGAUCUUGCUAGCAAAAUUGAUUCUACAAAUUUCAACUAUGAAACAUAUGUUGAGAAUGCUAAAUCAGAAUUCGCUGCGUUCCAGCCAGUCACUGUCCAGAAUGUCUACCAACUCUUACAUUGUCUUUGUAGCAAUAAAGCUACUGGAGUUGAUAAGAUUUCAUGCAAAAUUAUUAAAAUAGCUGCACCUGUCAUUUCAGAUUCCCUAACAUACAUAUUCAAUCAAGCUAUUACUCUAUCCAUUUUCCCUGAUGAAUGGAAAACAGCUAGAGUAAUACCUCUUUAUAAGAAUGGCCAACGAAACAUGCCAGGAAAUUACAGGCCAAUUUCAGUUUUGCCAACCAUUAGUAAAAUUAUGGAACGAAUUCUAUAUGAUCAACUAUAUGAUUAUUUCACUAAAUUUGGGCAUCUAAGCGAUUGUCAAUUUGGUUUUCGAAAAUUUCACUCUACAACUACAGCAUUACUGGACUGUACAAACGAGUGGUAUAUGAAUCUAGACAGGAAAAAAUUUAAUCUGGUAAUCUUAAUUGACCUAAAGAAAGCAUUUGAUACUGUUGACCAUCAAAUUUUAUUGAAAAAACUAGAGUUAUAUGGAGUAAAAGGGCAAGCCCUAUCUUUUGUCCAAUCGUAUAUCUCCAAUAGAAAGCAGAAAUGCCAAAUUCAAAACUCUCUCUCAUCAGAGAAACUGAUCAAAUGUGGAGUACCACAAGGGUCUAUUUUAGGGCCACUAUUUUUCCUACUAUAUAUUAAUGAUUUGCCUCAAUGUCUAUAUAAAACAAAACCUCGGCUGUUUGCUGACGAUACGAACCUGACAGCUUCUGGAGACUCUAUUACUGAUCUUGAGGCUGCAGUGAAUUCUGAUUUAGAAAAUCUUAGAAAAUGGCUAAUUGCCAAUAAACUUAGCCUAAAUGUAGCUAAGACAGAGUUUAUGUUAAUUGGCUCUAAACAAAUGAUUAGAAGUAUUUCAGAUCUACAACUAAACGUUAAAAUUGAAAACGAAUCAGUUAAGCAAGUUCAUGAAUCCAUAACCCUUGGGGUGACAAUUGACCAGCAUUUAUCUUGGAAAAGUAACACUGAGAAUAUUUGCAAGAAAAUAACAUCCGGUAUAUCUGCUCUUAGACGACUGAAAGAAUUUGCUGAUAAGCAAGCCCUUCUUUCUGUGUAUAAUGCUAUUGUUCGCCCAUACUUCGAUUACUGCUGUGAAGUAUGGGAUGUGUUUGGUGAGACACAAUCAAAAAGACUCCAAAAACUCCAAAAUAGAGCUGCUCGAAUCAUUAUGAAUAUGAGCAAUGACACAGAUCAUUCUGUUGCUCUGCAAGCAUUGGGUUGGAAGACACUUAAAACAGAAAGAAAGAAAGAAAGGGAAAGCAAAAAUAAUGUACAAAUUAUUAAAUAAAAUGGGUCCCAAGUCACUCUCUAAUCUUUUCACAUAUAAAGGUGAGAAAACAAAGUAUCACCUCCGAGAUAUUUCAAGUGGUCUUUGUCUACCACAACCGCGUACUAAUAAUAUGAAAAAAAGUUUCAUGUAUGACGGAGCACACCUAUGGAAUUCAAUUCCAAAAGAAAUUAGAGAGAGCAAAUCCCUUUCUGCCUUUCGGAAAAAAAUCGUUACUCACAUUGACUGAUUGAUUAAUGAUUUGUAAAUAUAUCUAAAUUACUUUAACUUAUUUAAUACUAUAUAUCUUAUAUAAUUUUGUAAAUAGCUUUUUAGUGUAUCUGUAUAGUUUGCACACGCCCCCCGUGGAAAUCAGCUUCGGUUGACGGGGUCAGCGUGUUUAAAUAAAGUUUUUCUAUCUAUCUAUACCCUUUUUCAGAAAGCGGUAUCAAUUUCCCGUGCGUAAUACAAAAUGACUGAAAUACGGCAAACUUCGCAGGGCUAUAUUAUCCGCAAUUUACAACAUUUCGCAACGAAACUUCGGAAUAUUACUAAUUUUGUGAUGCUCUUUCAAGCUGUGAUGAAAUGUUUUUCUAGGCUUGUCUAGAUCAAAAUUUUAUUCAUUAGGGAAUAGGUCCAUUGGAAGAAGUGAAAUCCACAUAAACAUACCUCCCUAUCUUUGUUAACUCUUUUCAGUAAUUCCUCUCCCUGUUCCGCCGUGA